GCCUCCCGCCUCCCGGUCCCUCCCCCGAGCUCGGCGGGGCGGGGGGCGGGUCCCACUCCCUGCCCAGGGCCAGCCUGCACCGGCUGCUGUCCCUGACCAGGCUCUCAGAGGUCCCCGUGUCCCCGCGACGCCCGUGCGAGUUCUCCCACGCUCGGUCCUGCGGCCCGUGCGCCCGGCCGCCAUGAAGAUCGCAGUGAUCGGGCAGAGCCUGUUCGGCCAGGAGGUCUACAGUCACCUGCGCAAGGAAGGCCACCAGGUGGUGGGCGUGUUCACCAUCCCGGACAAGGACGGCAAGGCUGACCCUCUGGGCUUGGCGGCUGAGAAGGAUGGCGUGCCAGUGUUCAAGUUCCCCCGCUGGCGCGCCAAAGGACAGGCUCUGCCCGACGUGGUGGCCAAGUACCAGGCUUUGGGCGCUGAGCUCAACGUCCUGCCCUUCUGCAGCCAGUUCAUCCCCAUGGAGGUCAUCAAUGCCCCCCGCCACGGCUCCAUCAUCUACCACCCGAGCCUGCUCCCCCGGCACCGCGGGGCCUCGGCCAUCAACUGGACCCUCAUUCACGGGGACAAGAAAGGGGGCUUCACCAUCUUCUGGGCGGACGACGGUCUGGACACCGGGGACCUUCUGCUCCAAAGGGAGUGCGAGGUGCUCCCGGACGACACAGUGAACACGCUCUACAACCGCUUCCUCUUCCCCGAAGGCGUCAAGGGGAUGGUGCAGGCCGUGAAGAUGAUCGCCGAGGGCAAGGCCCCCAGGCUUCCCCAGCCAGAAGCGGGAGCCACCUACGAGUGUAUUCAGAAGAAGGAAAACGCCAAGAUCAACUGGGCGCAGUCAGCCGAGGCCAUCCACAACUGGAUCCGAGGCAACGACAAGGUGCCAGGUGCCUGGACCGAGGCCUGCGGGCAGAAGCUGACAUUCUUCAACUCGACGCUGAACACCGCAGGCGUCAUUCCCGAGGGCGAAGAGCUGCCCAUCCCGGGCGCCCACCGGCCGGGGCUGGUCACUAAAGCCGGACUCGUGCUCUUCGGGAACGACGACAGAAUGCUGCUGGUGAAGAACAUCCAGCUGGAGGACGGGAAGAUGCUCCCGGCUGCACAGUUCUUCCGCGCAGCAGACAGCAGCGCCCUGGAGCUGACGGAGGCCGAGCAGGGCACCGCCGAGGCCGUGCGGAGUGCCUGGAAAAGGAUUCUCCCCAACGUCGGGGAAGUGGAGGACACGACUGAUUUCUUCAAGUCAGGGGCAGCCUCAGUGGACGUGGUGAGGCUGGUGGAGGAGGUGAAGGAGCUGUGUGAGGGCCUGGAGCUGGAGAACGAGGACGUGUACAUGGCCACCACCUUCGGCGACUUCAUCCAGCUGCUAGUGCGGAAGCUGCGCGGGGACGACGGGCAGGGCGAGUGUGCCAUCGACUACGUGGAGAAGACCGUGAACAAGCGGACCCUCCGGAUGCCCCACCAGCUCUUCAUCGGGGGCGAGUUUGUGGACGCCGAGGGGGGCAAGACCUACGACACCAUCAACCCCUGUGACGAGAGCGUCAUCUGCCAGGUGUCCCUAGCCCAGAGCAGCGAUGUGGAUAAGGCGGUGGCAGCCGCGAAGGAGGCGUUUGAGAACGGCUUGUGGGGCAAAAUCAGCGCCCGGGACCGGGGCGGGCUCCUGUACAGGCUGGCAGACCUCAUGGAGGAGCACCAGGAGGAGCUGGCCACCAUCGAGGCCCUGGACGCCGGCGCCGUCUACACGCUGGCCCUGAAGACCCACGUGGGCAUGUCCAUCCAGACCUUCCGCUACUUUGCAGGCUGGUGCGACAAGAUCCAGGGCUCCACCAUCCCCAUCAACCAGGCCAGACCCAACCGCAACCUCACCCUGACCAGGAAGGAGCCGAUUGGGGUCUGCGGCAUCAUCAUCCCCUGGAACUACCCCCUGAUGAUGCUCUCCUGGAAGACGGCCGCCUGCCUGGCCGCGGGGAACACGCUGGUCAUCAAGCCUGCUGAGGUGACCCCGCUCACAGCCUUGAAGUUCGCAGAGCUGACCCUGAAGGCCGGCAUCCCCAAGGGCGUGGUCAACAUCGUCCCCGGCUCUGGCUCACUGGCCGGCCAGAGACUCCUGGACCACCCAGAUGUGCGGAAAAUUGGGUUCACAGGCUCCACACAGGUGGGGAAGCACAUCAUGAAGUGCUGUGCCCUGAGUAACCUGAAGAAGGUCUCCCUGGAGCUGGGCGGGAAGUCGCCCCUCAUCAUCUUCGCCGACUGCGACCUCAGCAAGGCCGUGCAGAUGGGCAUGAGCUCGGUCUUCUUCAACAAGGGGGAGAACUGCAUCGCGGCCGGCCGGCUCUUCGUGGAGAACGCCAUUCACGACCAGUUCGUGCAGAGGGUGGUGGAGGAGGUGGGCAAGAUGAAGAUCGGGAACCCCCUGGACCGGGACACGAACCACGGGCCGCAGAACCACCGCGCCCACCUGCGGAAGCUGCUGGACUACUGCCAGCGCGGGGUGCAGGAGGGAGCCACGCUGGUGUGCGGGGGCAAGCAGGUCCCGAGGCCAGGCUUCUUCUUCGAGCCCACGGUGUUCACCGACGUGCAGGACCACAUGUUCAUCGCCAGGGAGGAGUCCUUCGGGCCCGUCAUGAUCAUCUCUCGGUUUGACGACGGUGACGUGGACACGGUGCUGUCUCGGGCCAAUGCCACGGAGUUCGGCCUGGCCUCUGGGGUCUUCACGCGGGACCUCAGCAAGGCCCUGUACGUCAGCGACAAGCUGGAGGCGGGCACGGUGUUCGUGAACACGUACAACAAGACGGACGUGGCCGCGCCCUUCGGGGGCUUCAAGCAGUCUGGCUUCGGCAAAGACUUGGGGGAGGCGGCCCUGAACGAGUACCUGAAGAUCAAGACGGUCACCUUCGAGUACUGAGGAGCGGCCCAGGGCGGCCCAAGAGGAAGCCGCGUGCCUGCCCACCGGACCCUUCUGGACCCACUCGGCAGUGCCUGGGGACAAGGGAGCCCUGCUGCCCACCCCUGUCCCCCCACCCUGACCCUGUCCACCCCCACCCUGCCCUCGUCCCUCCCCAUCCUGUCACUGGCCCCCAUCUGCCCCCCCACCCUGCCCUGCCCCUCCCUGUCCAGUCAGAGAAGCCCCGGGCUCCAUGUUCAGUGGCCGCGGGGUGAAUAAAGGUCCUGAAGGGCAGCA